GUAUAAAUUAGGGAAGAAUCGCAAUCCUCGGUGUAUAGAAAUAGAAAAAAAUCCACGCCUGACGAACAUAAUUACGGGGUUUGUAUAAGAGCAAGAUUCUGCCAAGUACUUGAGGACUGCACUACUAGACGAAAAGCGAGACAGCGUUUGUCCAAAGAGAGAUGGCGUGGUGUGCGGCGAGGUCAAUGCACGUACCGAUGAUCGAGGUGGGCGCACUGAGCAAACAGGUUCCUUUCGCCGGCGGUGUAGGCUUUGUCUCCGUCGCAGGCACCACCCUGUGGCGCUCUUCAUAUUCUUCUUCCAAGCGCUCCGUGUCCCCGUUUGCUUGCUUGGGCCUUUCCACUGAUUCUCGUAUAAAGGAAGCUGUCCAAACAGAAAAGGCUCCGGCAGCCUUGGGACCAUAUUCUCAGGCCAUCAAAGCCAACAGCUUUCUCUUUGUGUCUGGUGUUCUCGGACUUGUUCCAGAGACUGGGAAGUUCAUCUCGGAUUCUGUGGAAGAUCAGACAGAGCAGGUUCUCAAAAACAUGGGGGAAAUCUUGAAAGCCGGUGGUGCAAGCUAUGCCUCAGUGGUUAAGACAACAAUUAUGUUAGCAGACUUGAAUGAUUUCAAGAAAGUGAAUGAGAUUUAUGCUAAAUACUUUCCUUCGCCUGCCCCUGCUCGUUCAACCUAUGAAGUUGCCGCAUUACCAUUGGGUGCCAAGAUUGAAAUUGAGUGCAUUGCUGCAACAUAAACUCCUUUGGCGAAAGGCAUCCGCUUCUUCAGACAGCUUGGAUUAAUAAGACGGGAGGGGUGUCGCCAUGAUUAGGAGUUUUAGCUUUGUCUCCACAUGGACAUAGUUGUUAUUUUCAGAAUGUCAUAUUGAUGAAACUUGCAAGGAUGUCUAAGGCAGUGUCAUCUAAAUGGUGAGAGCAUUUGGUUCA